AUGGCAGAAAAAAGGAAGAGAACCUAUAAUUUUCACAGUGAAUGGGAGGAAGAAUUCUUUUUUACAAGUGUGAAAGAAAACUGCGUUUGUCUCAUUUGCGGCGCGACUGUGGCGACGGCAAAGCGGCACAAUGUGGAGAGACACUUUGCUACACACAACAGCUACCAGGCUAACUACCCCGAGGGAAGCGCGCUACGGGCAGAAAAAGCCCGUGAGCUAAAGGCAGCUUUGGGAAAGCAGCAGUCUUUUUUCACGAAGCCGGCAAAGAACUCCAUAAAAGCAACCGAAGCCUCGUUUAGAGCUGCACAUUUUCUGAUAAAGAAGAAGAAGGCCUUUUCAGACGGAGAAGUGUUCAAAGAAGCAAUGAUGAUUAUUGCCAACACUGUACUUAAAGACGAGAAAAAUGGAGCCAAUCUAAUCUCCACUCUCUCCGAUGUCCAACUGGGGGCAUCGACGAUGACUAGACGGGUGUCAGCUAUGUCCACUAACCUGGCAGAGCAGCUGGACCGGGAUCUGGCGCGGUGCAGGUGGUUUAGCAUCCAGUGCGACGAGUCCGUGGACAACAGCAGUACAGCGCAGCUGUCAGUCUUUAUCCGGAUGGUGUUUGCAGAUUUAUCCACAAAAGAAGAACUCCUGACACUACUGCCCUUAAAGACAACUACGAGGGGAGUUGACAUUUACAACGCGGUGAAGGAGUUUUUCGUACAGAAAAAGGUGCCACUGGAAAAGCUAGUAGCGGUGACUACAGACGGGGCUCCUGCUAUGAUCGGCCGACAUGCAGGUUUCAUCGCGCACUGUAAAGGUGACCCAGACUUCCCAAAACUUCUGCAUUACCACUGCAUCAUUCACCAGCAGGCGUUAUGUGCAAAAGUGAUCGGCUUUGAGCACGUGAUGACUCCCGUUGUGAAAAUCAUCAACAGCAUCCGCUCCAAAGCGAAACAGCACAGGAUCUUCAAGGUGCUAUUGCAGGAGAUGUCAGCAGAAUAUGGCGACCUGCUGCUACACACAGAAAUCCGAUGGCUGAGCAGAGGACGAGUUUUGCUUCGUUUUUUGUCACUUUUGGGUGAAAUCAAGGAGUUCAUGCAGUCCAAAGGGGAAGAUGUCUCGCUGCUAGAGGGCACAGAGUGGACACUUGACCUCGCAUUUCUAACGGACAUUACUGGGAAACUAAACCACUUGAACUGCGAGCUGCAAGGCAAAGACAAUGCUUCUGCAUCUGAGGCAUUGGACAAAAAUGCAGAAAAGUACUGUCAAGUCAUAAACAGACUUGGACAAGAGUUUAAGGAUAGGUUUUGUGACCUUGAUCAGCUUGAGCCAUGUGUUUCAUUCAUCUCCAAUCCUUUCAUGAACAAGGACAUAACUGACAUUGCUGAGCAACUAAGUGCAACGUUCAACUUGGAUGCUGGACAGGUGGAGAUUGAAAUUGUAACAUUGCAGAAUGACCUGCACCUCAAAGCCCACCAAGCUGCACCAAACUUUUGGAGCCUUGUUGACACAGAAAAGUACAGUGGUGUAAGCACAGCAGCUAUGAAGGUUGCCAGCCUGUUUGGUUCAACCUAUCUCUGUGAAUCAGCAUUUUCUGACAUGAACUUCAUCAAGAACAAACACAGAACCCGCCUCACUGAUGCACAUCUGCAAGACUCACUCAGAGUUGCAGUGUCAAGUUACACACCAGACUACAACACACUGGUGAACAGCAUGCAAUGCCAGUCUUCCCACUAA